UUCGUCAACAUGAGAGACAAGAAUGUGUUCGGUAUCAGGAAGGCGCUUCCGCGUAUGAGCUGGUCUCCCAGGAACCUCUAUAACCUCUACCGUCGCUCCCUCACUGAACUGCGUGACGAUACCGUCUUCACCAGCUCAGGCAACUCCCUCUUCCAACAACGCUGGAAGGCCAAACGCCUUACCCGAGCUUAUCACGGAGACUUCAUCAACGAAAAAAUCUUCAAGCGGUGGUACCUUCCCUCUACCUUACCAGAUGUCCGGCCUCACUCCCGACGCGCAAUUGGCGAUGACGCAGAACCGCUGAACAAAUGGGCUGUACGGACAAACCAGGCGGUAAAGGAGAAAGAGCAGCGAGAGGAGGAGGAGUUACUCGCACAGGCACCUGUCGCGAGUUUGAUGUUUGAAGAGGUUGAGAGAAGGAUUGACGUUUUUAUUUUCCGGUGUUGUUUUGCGCAUAGUGUGUAUGAGGCGAGGAGGAUGGUUAUACAUGGGGAUGUACUUCUCAAUGGGAAAAAGCACACGAACGCAAACACACGUAUCGCACCAGGAGACAUGGUUAGCGUGGAUCCGGAAGCGAUCAGCUUUUUGCGAAAACCUGAAGAAACCAAGAAUUCCGACGGCGAAGAAAAUGAAGCUGAAGCAGCUCCGGACUCAGAAUCCAACUCCACAAGUAAAAACCAACCCUCCGAUAUAUCUGCCGGAGAGGAGUCGUCCGAAUCAGGCCUUACACCAUUCCAUCUUCCACCCUUCGCAGCACCUUUCAUCUUCAUCCCAGCCUACAUCGAAGUCAACUUCGCAACUUGCUCAGCCAUCUUCGUUCGACGACCAACCGCACGGUUCAGCUAUUCCGAGAUUCCCUCCCCAUACGAAGCCGAUGGCGAGAUCAUGCGUCUCACUUGGGAAUGGUACAAUAAAGUCCGGCCGCGCAUGCGUAGCAAGUCACAGCUAGCGCGUAUGCCGGAUAAUAGGAAGGAGACGCGUGUGAUACCUGGAAUUGGAUUACACCCUUCGAAGAAUGCGCCGUUACCGACUGGAACAUCCUUGAAUGCACAGAUUGCGAGGAAUAGUGUUUACUAAGUCUUAGGGUUUUAUCCGAUAUGCAGCUUAGUAUAAUUAAAAAUGCAGUAUAAUCCCAUAAUGAUACAAAAC